AUGGGUAAGCAAUAUUGGACGCCUAGAUCUGCACAACUUCAAGUUCUCGAAUCUAUAUUUAAUCAAGAGAAUAAAAUUCCAAGCAAGUCAAGGAUCACGCAGAUAGUCUCCGAACUAUCGUUGCAUGAGAAAAUCUCUAAUAUGAAUGUUUAUGAUUGGUUUACGAGUAGACGUGCUCGUUUAAGAAAGUUGGACUUAUCCAAACAAGCACACGAUUCUGAACUUGUAAUUCAACCAAAGUCUGUCGAAUUACAGAAAGAUCUUCAUGUUGAUGAAAACAUUGGCAUGGCAAAGUAA